CAGUGACCAACCAACUAGUAAUACAACCACCCGCACUGCUGCUGCCUGCCUUCUUUUACUCUUCUCUCAUCACCGGAUCUCCUAAUUGGCUCAGAAUUAGAAAUAUUCACUUUACUUUUCACUGUAUAGCACUUUGGACUUUUUGGUACGCAGCAUGCAGCUUUUGGUGAUCUUAGCAGCUCUUAUGGGGGUGGUCUUCAGCGUCAAAGCAGUCUCCGCUCUACCUGUGGAUGACAGAACUCCGCUCCAUGCAAGCAAGGAGUUGAGUAAAGAGCGUAAAGAGUUGAUAUUGAAACUGGUAUCUGGUUUGCUGGAUGGAGCACUGGACACCAACAUGCUUCCUGGAGAGGGGUCACCAUCUCUGGAUUUGGAGGAGCCACUGGAGUCCCGGCUGGAGGAGAGGGCAGUGUACAACAGGCUAUCGCUGCCACAACGUGAUCGCAAAGCUCCCUGUAAAAACUUCUUCUGGAAAACGUUCACAUCCUGCUAACAACGCCAAAAAGCAAGACCAAAACAGAAAAGAUAAAAUGAAGAAUUUGCGACAACGAUUUUCCUGGGCAGACCACAUGAACUGUAGUAGACCUCAGCUGUACAUAUCUCAUCAGACAUCUAUGGACUUCACUGAGAGGCGUGUCUGUUUACUGAAUAUGAUUUACUUAUGUAUUUAUGUACAAUGGAUGUAUUUAUGUAUUUA